AUGGUAUUUGAUGUGAGAAAUACAUAUGUAACAAAGGCGGAAAAAGAUGCGAUUGCUUUCUUGUUCGAGACCCACCGCUCAGGGACCAAGACGACCCACCCUGGGCCGGCUUGGCCAUCCCAACAUCAGAAUCAUGAAUGGUCAGCCAGAAUCUUGGCCUACGUAAUUCACCGCCGCACAACACACCGCCAAGCUCUCCGCGAUCCAACCCCCCGCCAUCUGCUCAAAAGCUCCCGUUUAUCAGCCUUGGCGGGCUCCCUCCUGAGUUCAAGAACGUUGCAGCUGGAUGGCAUCGGAUCAUCUGAGGCACAGGGUUGCCUCUUGUGGGCGUGGGAUCAAAUAUGCAGAACAACUAUUUGUAUCUUUUACUGGCACUCCGCGGCAUUGGACUGGAACGAUGGUGCCGGGCAUGGGACGUCUCCUGAAGUCAGCCUAUCCGCACAUGUGCGUACUUUCAAAGUGCACGGUUCGUCCUCCUACACGUGUAGUACGGACAUGGGACGAAUCAGCAGCCUCAAGAGCCAAACUUCUAUGAAGCACGACGAAGUACACACGAAUAAGCCAAUAUCUCACUAG